UUUAUUUUUAAUUUUCAUUUAAAAUUUUGUUUUUGUGCUUCAUUUUCCAUCAAUCAUCAAUGAUAAGGAGCGUAUCACACCGAUGAACCAAACUGCUACCAAUCAAAUCCCAAAUCAAUCAAAAUCAUCUUUGUUUUCCGUUCCUCAUGAUCGAUUCUGCAUCUCCAGAUACCCAUAUUUCACUUGUCGAUUGACCUUUCAUCACCACUUUCUACUGUUCUGAUCUUCUCUCUUGCUUUUUACUCCAUCCCAUGGCAAUAUGUCGUCGCCUACCGCUCUUUCUCCUUGCAUUUUUCUGUUUUCUUGGCCUUCUCAGCGCCAGCGAUGGCGAUGCUCAUCCGAUUUACAUAGCUUGUGUGGAGCAAUGCGAGAAGACUGGAUGUGUGGGGGAUAUCUGCUUUCAACACUGCAAUUUGACUUCUGAUAGGAAGUCUGCCAAUGAUCCAUGGUAUCUGCAAGAGCCACUGUAUAUAAAAUGGAAAAGUUGGGACUGUCUUAGUGGCUGCCGAUAUCAAUGUAUGCUUGUUAGGGAGGAAGACAGAGAGAAGUCUGGAGAUAUGCCUGUCAAGUAUCAUGGCAAAUGGCCACUCCAACGUGCCUUUGGGAUUGAGGAACCUGUGGCGGUGGCACUCUCUGCUCUUAAUCUUGCUGUUCAAUUUCAGGGAUGGGUAUCAUUUUUCAUCCUUGUGAACUACAAGUUGUCUUUAAGGCCAAAUAGGCAGACGUACUACGAAUAUACUGGGCUGUGGCAUAUCUAUGGAACAUUAUCAAUGAACUUCUUAUUUUGGAGUGCUGUUUAUCACAGUAGGGAUGUGGAAAUUACGGAAAAGCUACAUUAUUCUUCUGGUGCAGCGGUACUUGGAUUUUCUCUUAUAGUGGCUAUACUGCGAACUUUCAAUGUGAGAAGUGAGGCAACGCGGGUGAUGGUUGCUGCUCCAUUGAUUGCUUUUGUGACGACUCAUAUCUUGUAUUUGAACUGCUAUCAGUUUGACUAUGGUUUAAAUAUGAAGGUUUGUGUUACCAUGGGAGUAGCACAAGUACUCGUUUGGGGAGUCUGGGCUGGUGCUUCUAACCACCCAUCUCGGUGGAAGGUUUGGUUGGUGGCACUUGGAGAUGGUCUGAUCAUUUUCUUUCAAUAUUAUGACUUUCCACCAUAUUGGGGUUUUUUGGAUGCUCAUGCUGUUUGGCAUGCCAUCGCCGUUCCUGUAUCCUAUACCUGGUGGAGUUUUAUUCACGAUGACAGUGAAUAUAGAACAGCAGCACUCAUCAAAAAAGCGAAGUAGAACAAAAUUGUCCAGUGCAUUCCUUCAUGGAUGGUAAUUUAACCAAAUUUGCAACCUGGUCAUUUCUUGUUAAUUCAGGUAGUGCUAUUGCCUUUUUGCUCGCAUGAUAGUGUUUCCAUUGGACGCUCUGCAUAGCGAGUUUCUGUGUAUCAAAACUUGUGUCAAUAUGGGUUCAGGUGUUUCUCUAGGGAUUCUUGGUUAAGAUUUUGGUUCUUUUUUUUUUUUUGAAAGCUCCAGGCCGUUGGUUUUUACGGAUUUAGAAGUUGGUGUCUGUACCGCUUAGUGCGGAGCUUCCUUUUGGCUUUUGUCUUGUGGAGCUUUUGUGUAUGCUUCUUUCAGUUUUAAUAAGAAUCCAUUUCACAUUUCUGAA